AUGUUGCGUCGAAAGUUCAGUGAUUUAACGCUUUGUAUCUCGUACCAUAUUAAUUUCUUGCAUGACAAAGCGCAUAUGGUAAAAAAUCUCUAUAAACAGUACACCAUAUUAGAGGAAAUUGGGCGUGGAGGAUUCGGUAUUGUAUAUAAGGCUAUAAGGCGAAGUGAUGGAGCAGCUGUAGCCAUAAAAUUUAUCGAUCAUAGACAUGUUCGAAAAUGGACAGUGAAACAUAAAAAAUUAAUACCAAUGGAAAUACAUCUUCUUGAAUUAUGCUCUGGUACUCCUGGCGCUGUCCAAAUGAUCGACUGGUUUACGAGCUCAAAAGGAUUUAUAAUCGUAAUGGAACGACCAGAACUAUGUUUGGAUCUUUUCGAUCUUAUCUCAGUUUAUGGUCCACUUGAAGAAAGCUUGGCUCGAUUUAUAUUUCGACAAAUUGUCAAAACCGUACAUUCACUUUAUAUUAAUUAUGGAAUUUUUCACAGAGACAUUAAGGACGAAAAUAUUAUUAUAAAUAUGCAAACGGGUGAAGCAAUUUUAGUUGAUUUUGGUGCUGCUACCUUAUAUUCAAGAACUAGUCGCCGAGAAUUUCAAGGAACGCGUUCAUAUUGUCCUCCCGAAUGGUUCAAAAGGCUCGAAUAUAGGCCUUUAGAAGCAACUACGUGGUCACUUGGAAUAAUACUGUUUGUAAUGGUUACUGGCUAUCAUCCAUUUCAAAGUGAAAUACAAAUUUGCUUAGGAAGAAUGAAAAUUCCGAAACAAAUAACGAAAAAAUGUGAAGAUCUCAUAAGAAAAUGUCUGACUCUUGCACCAGAACGUCGCGCUAAUUUUCGCGAAAUUCUCGACCAUCCAUGGUUAAAAGAAUGGAUUUCUAUAGAAAAUGAGCAAUUUAAGACAAUACUCGAUCGAAAAUUAAACAAUAGCAUUGUGAAUUGCCAGAAAAAUCGAAAUCAUAGGCAACAAAGUACGAUUAAAACUAACAAUCAAUUCAGUCGUGAAACAUCUUUGGAAGCGGAAAUCGAUGUUUAUGAAACGAUUCAGCGCUGUUCAAGUGCAAAUGAUGUAGCUGACCUACCAGAUGCUAUAAUGUAA